AUGACCGAACCACACUCCCCUACUACACCGCUAACAUACUCUCAUUCAAGUGAUACAUUGCAUUCUACCACCGACACUACGGAGCGCCAAGAAUUCGGACAAGACCAUUCUCAAUUAGAGUAUCAACAACAAACACAACCGAGAUAUACUCAGAACUAUUCAGACAAUCCAAAUCAUCAACAACAAGUAUAUUAUUCCAAUACUUUCAACUCCUCACCCUCUAUUUUUCCAUCGGAUCAAAUUUACGAUGAAACUUCACCACUACUUCGACCUGCCUCUCACACACCGUCUCCCACUCGAUCGGUCGAAGGUCAUAACGUAUCCAAUUCUCCUCCGAUCUCUCCUGAAGCAACCAACGUUCGCCACCGAGACCAUGUCGUCCGAAUCAUCCAUCCAGAUAGUAAUUCUAAUCAUGACACAAACUCUUGUUGCGACGACACUGAUUCGGACGGAGGAACUAUAAUGGAAAAGGGGGCUAAAGAUGUGUGUUUCCCGAUGAUCACAGAGUCCAAAGAUAAGAAGGGCAUUGAUUUCGCAGUGUUGGAAGAGUACGUCAGGGAAGAAAACGAAAGGAGGCUCAGAGAGCAGAAAAUACGGAAAAGAAGACGGUGCGAGUCUGUUGGGCAUUUAUCUGAUAAUGGCCCCAGGAGUAUUCGUCAUCUACCGCAUAUACAUAGCAAAUGUGACGCAACUCUUCGCUUUACUUUCUACUCCACAGCAUGUAACACUGUCCAUGCGCACACUUUAGCUGAGAUUCCACCGCCGGGCAUGACGCUGACACAAUUAGUAAUGGCUGGAUGCUGGUGGAUCGAUAUAGUCAAUCCAACUGACGAUGAUAUGCAAUUGUUAGGACGGGCGUUUGGAAUUCAUCCACUUACGAUAGAAGAUAUUCAAACGGAGGAAACAAGAGAAAAGUGCGAACUGUUCAAAAACUAUUACUUUAUCUGCUUUAGAUAUUUUGAUGAAGACAAUUGUUCGCCUACUUACCUUCAGCCGUUGAGUAUGUUUAUGGUUGUGAUGAAAGACGGAAUACUGUCGUUCCAUCGUCGGCCAUCAUCACAUCCCGCAAAUGUACGGCGGCGUAUCAGGCAAUUGAAGGACUAUAUUACCGUCACUCCAGACUGGAUAAUCUAUGCCCUGAUAGAUGACAUUACAGAUUCUUUUGCGCCAAUAAUCGGCACCAUUGAAUACGAAGUAGACUCUAUUGAUGAGCUUGUUUUAAUUCUCAAGGAGGCCGAGCAAUCUGAUAUGUUAAGGAGAAUAGGGCAUUGUCGUAGAAAAGUAAUGGGAUUAUUACGACUGUUGGGGAACAAGCCAGACGUAAUGAAGGGUUUGGUUAAACGAUGUAACGAGCUUAGAUGGGAUGUGGUUAUCAGUAACGAGAUUUUGCUGUAUCUCGGAGAUAUCCAGGAUCAUAUCAUAACAAUGGUACAAAACCUCAACCAUUACGAGAAAAUUCUUUCGCGUUCACAUUCCAAUUAUCUUGCGCAAAUCUCUAUUGAAAUGACACAAGCGAACAAUCAGAUUAAUGACAUACUGUCUAGAUUAACGGCGCUCGGAACUAUACUCGUUCCAAUGAAUUUAGUAACUGGUUUAUGGGGAAUGAACGUUCCAGUGCCGGGACAAGAGUCGGCAGGAUUAACAUGGUUCUUUUCGAUAUUAAGCGGCAUUGUCAUAUUUUGUCUCUUGGGUGUAAUAGCUGCACAUCGAAUUAACAUCUGGAAAGUGUAUAAUAGGAUACCGAUAUACUUGUACAUAUUAUUUGUUCUGUUUGAGUUUUUUCCGCGAGUAUUUAUUGUUGCAAAGAUAUAUGACUAUGUACGAGAACCGUUACAUCCAGCAGUCGUAGUUGCAAUCCUUGUAGGUAAACUAGAAGCAUAUCUCCUCUGGGGAGAUCAUCUUCUCUCUCGCCAGCAGAUAGACAAUCUAGACAACUUUGGUACCAUGUCAACACUAGCAUAUUUCCUUUUUCUGCUAUGUGCGAUUUUCGCAAACCUCGAUAACCUACAGCAAGACGACAGUUUCAGUCAAAACGUUCAUCAGAAACUGAAUUUGUUGCAAACGAGUCUAGCAUGUACCGCUGUUUUUUGCGUUGCAAGAGCUGUAUGGAGAUGGAUAAGAUGGGUGCACAUCACUUUCUGUAGGUGCUGUUUCUUUUGCUGGUGUUGUUAUGAUGAAGUCAUUGAGGAUUGGGAAGAAGGAGGACGUGAGAAACCUGAUUAUAAAAAGGUAGAGAAUAAUCAGUCGUCUGUCUAA